UUUAUGUUUUUGGUCCCUUUUAAGCCCUAACCCUCAUUCUCAAUUCGAAUCUCCAGAUCCCUGACCUCCGCAGCACUCACAUCCCCUCGGAAUCGAACUCCUCCGCCGUGGCGCCUUACAGGCGGUCGUUUUGCCCCCUUUCCGUCGACAGAAAUCAACUACCCAUCAGACUGUUCUUCUCCGUGUCUCUUCCCCAUAGCCGCAGUCGUCCACGCGGCAGCAGCACGGAGCAGAACCCGCUGUCGUCCUCGUUGCAGCGCAGCGCAGUCCAGCCACCGUGACCCUCCGUGGAGCGCGAAACAGAGCAGCCACCGUGACGUCCUCCGUGCUCCCCGAAACAACUCUUCCGUGGAUUUCGUCACUCUCUGUCUGCAUCAUCAAGAAUGGAGCCUCAGCCUGAGGAGGCUGUUGCACGCCUUGAGGAGUUGCAAAAGACAAUUGAGGCAAAGAUGACAUUACGACAAAGCAAUUUGAAUCCUGAUAGGCCUGACUCAGGAUUUUUAAGGACUCUGGAUUCAAGCAUUAAGCGCAAUACUGCAGUCAUUAAGAAACUGAAGCAGAUUAAUGAAGAGCAGCGUGAAACACUGAUGGACGAGUUGCGCAGUGUCAACUUAAGCAAAUUUGUCAGUGAAGCUGUGACUGCUAUAUGUGAUGCCAAGCUUAGAAGCUCAGAUAUACAAGCAGCAGUUCAGGUCUGCUCUUUGCUUCAUCAGAGGUACAAGGACUUUGCCCCAUGCCUGAUUCAAGGACUUCUCAAAGUUUUCUCUCCAGGAAAGCCUGGGGAUGAAUCAGAUGCAGACAGAAACUUGAAGGCAAUGAAGAAACGCAGUACUUUGAAACUUCUAUUGGAGCUUUAUUUUGUUGGAGUUAUUGAUGAUGGCAACAUUUUCAUGAAUAUCAUAAAAGAUCUAACUGGUAUGGAUCAGCUAAAAGACCGAGAUGCAGCACAAACUAGUUUGACCCUUCUUUCUAGCUUUGCCCGACAAGGGAGAAUCUUUCUGGGACUUCCUGUUUCUGGUCCAGAAAUUCAUGAAGAGUUUUUUAAAGGCCUUAACAUUACGGCAGAUCAAAAGAAAGUUUUCAGGAAAGCAUGUUAUGCAUUUUAUGAUGCUGCAGCAGAACUACUUCAGUCUGAGCAUUCUUCACUUCGACUAAUGGAGCAUGAAAAUUCUAAGAUUCUUAACGCAAAAGGAGAGCUCAGUGAUGAAAAUAUUGCUUCAUAUGAAAAGCUUCGGAAAUCUUAUGACCAUUUGUAUCGUAACAUCUCAUCAUUGGCAGAGGCACUUGAUAUGCAACCUCCAGUAAUGCCAGAAGAUGGUCACACAACAAGAGUUACUACUGGUGAGGAAGCUACUUCUGCGGGUGGGAAAGAUUCUUCUAUAGCUGAACCUGUAUGGGAUGAUGAAGAUACAAGGGCUUUCUAUGAAUGUUUACCCGAUCUAAGAGCUUUUGUUCCUGCUGUGCUUUUGGGCGAAGCAGAGCCAAAAACAAGUGAGCAAUCAGUGAAAAGUCAAGACCAACCAACUGAAAUAGUACCUGAAUCUGACAAAGGUCAACUGGGCAACCAUGACAGUGGAGAUGCAUCGGCAGAAUCUAGUGCUGUGCCAGAGGGAGGAAGUGCAGAAAAAGCGAAGGAUAAGGAAGAAAGAGAAAAAUCAAAAGAAUUGGAAAAAGAGAAGGAGAAAGAAAAAGACAAUGACAAAAAGGGGGAAAAUGAAAAGGACAAACUCAGAAGCCUUGAGGGGACAAAUUUGGAUGCUUUAUUGCAAAGACUUCCUGGUUGUGUGAGCCGAGACCUUAUAGAUCAAUUGACUGUAGAAUUCUGUUAUCUAAAUUCAAAAUCAAAUCGGAAAAAACUUGUGAGGGCUUUGUUCAAUGUACCAAGGACAUCUCUGGAGCUGCUACCAUAUUACUCACGCAUGGUUGCUACACUCUCAACUUGUAUGAAGGAUGUCUCCUCCAUUCUUUUGCAGAUGUUGGAGGAGGAAUUCAACUUCUUAAUAAAUAAGAAGGACCAGAUGAAUAUUGAGACAAAGAUAAGGAACAUCAGGUUCAUAGGAGAACUUUGCAAGUUCAAAAUUGCCCCUGCUGGCCUAGUCUUUAGUUGUUUGAAGGCCUGUUUAGAUGAUUUUACUCAUCACAACAUUGAUGUAGCUUGCAAUCUUCUUGAAACAUGUGGCCGUUUUCUAUACCGAUCACCAGAAACUACUAUACGUAUGACUAACAUGUUAGAGAUACUGAUGCGCUUGAAAAAUGUGAAGAACUUAGAUCCAAGACAUAGCACUUUGGUGGAAAAUGCAUAUUACCUUUGUAAGCCUCCAGAAAGAUCUGCACGAGUGGCUAAAGUCCGUCCACCAUUGCAUCAGUAUAUCAGAAAAUUACUUUUCUCUGAUCUGGAUAAGUCUACCAUUGAGCAUGUGUUGAGGCAACUUAGAAAAUUACCAUGGAGUGAAUGCGAACCAUAUCUUUUGAAAUGUUUCCUGAAGGUCUAUAAAGGGAAAUAUGGCCAGAUCCAUCUGAUUGCUUCUCUUGCUGCUGGUUUAAGUCGCUACCAUGAUGAGUUUGCAGUGGCUAUAGUUGAUGAGGUUUUGGAGGAGAUUAGAGUUGGGCUGGAACUAAAUGACUAUGGGAUGCAGCAAAGACGCAUUGCCUACAUGAGAUUCUUAGGGGAGCUUUACAACUAUGAGCAUGUAGAUUCAUCUGUUAUUUUUGAGACACUAUACCUUAUCGUCAUCUAUGGCCAUGGGACACCAGAGCAAGAUGCACUGGAUCCACCUGAAGAUUGUUUUCGUAUAAGGUUGAUCAUUACUCUUCUUGAAACCUGUGGACAUUACUUUGAUCGUGGCUCUUCAAAGAGGAAACUUGAUCGAUUCCUUAUACACUUCCAGAGGUAUAUUUUAAGCAAAGGUGCACUGCCUCUCGACAUUGAAUUUGACUUGCAGGAUCUGUUUGCGGAGUUGCGUCCCAAUAUGGUUAGAUAUACAUCUGUUGAUGAAGUGAAUGCAGCUCUAGUAGAACUUGAAGAACAUGAUCGGAUGGUUUCUGCUGAUAAGGCCAGUAGUGAAAAACAUUCUGAUACUGAGAAGCCUUUGAGUAGGACUAGUUCUAACACAGUGGUAAGCAAUGGACAAGGCAUUGAUAAUGGUGCAGAGGAGAAUGGAGUGCAAGAUGAUGUUAAUGACAGUGACACUGACUCAGGGAGUGGCACCAUUGAUGCGGAGGGACAUGAUGAUGAAGAGUUGGAUGAUGAGAAUCAUGACGAUGGAUGUGAGACUGAGGAUGAUGAUGAUGAUGAUGAUGGGCCUGGACCUGCUUCUGAUGAGGAAGACGAAGUCCAUGUGAGACAAAAGGUGACAGAGGUGGACCCUCUGGAGGAAGCCAAUUUUGAACAGGAGCUGAAGGCUGUGUUACAGGAGAGUAUGGAACAGCGAAGGCAGGAGCUACGAGGCCGUCCUACAUUGAACAUGAUGAUUCCAAUGAAUGUAUUUGAGGGAUCCACUAAGGAUCAUCAUGGGAGAGGAGUUGGUGGUGAAAGUGGUGAUGAGGCAUUGAGUGAGGAGACCGGUGGAAACAAAGAGGUUCAAGUGAGAGUUCUUGUGAAGCGUGGGAACAAGCAGCAAACAAAACAGAUGUACAUCCCACGGGAUUCCUCACUGGUUCUGAGUACAAAACAGAAAGAAGCAGCUGAGCUUCAAGAGAAAGAAGACAUUAAGAGGCUUGUCUUGGAGUAUAAUGAUAGAGAAGAGGAGGAGCUUAAUGGACUAGGGUCCCAACCAACAAAUUGGAUGGCAUCGGCAUCACAAUUAUACUGGCAGUGGCAUCUACUACGGCAGGAGGAGGUAAAUGCAAUAUUGGAAGGCAGAUAUUGUAUAUAA